CAUGCAACAUGAACAGGUCAAAAAUUAAAUUCGUACGCAUAUAAAGCCAGAAAUGAAAAUUUCUAAAACCUCUAUGUGAAUAACGUUGAAACAUCGUAAAAUAGUUUGAAGAUCCAUCGUACUUGCAACAAAAUGCUGCAUCAGCUGCUACUACUAAUUUCCUUGACGACGGGAAAUGUCAAGACGAAAAUAUUGAUUUCGCGCUGCGAUUAUUGUCAGGGUAAGAUUGGUGGAAAUUAAAUGCUCACAAUAUAACAGAGUGAACAAAAUCGAAAACUACAGAGAAUAAAAAAAAAAUCACAAGUUGCAUAAAUGAGUACAAAAAAAAAAAACAUAGAACAGUACAUAAGGAUAUUAAGAGAAACAAUAAUUACUAGCAAAAACCACUACAAGAAAAUCCAUUACCAACCGCGUCAGACUGCUGCACCGUUGGACGAUCGUCAUGCAAUAUCCGCCCACGCGCCACAAGCAAAGGAAAUACAUUUGAGUCAGCUGAAAACUGCCAACGUGCAACAUCAACAGACUAUUCAAAGUGAGCUGUAGUGAAAGUGCGCACAACGUAAAGAUUAAAAGUGAAAUAAAAACAGCAAUACGUAAACCGAUAAGUGUUUCAUCGCAGUGAAAGUGAAAGUGAUUUAUUAAGGCCAAGGUUGAAUGUAGCGCCAGUGGGCGUAUCAAGCAUCGACUAACAAAUAAGUUUCAUAUCAAAUUGACAUACAUACACGCACAUACGUUCUCACAUACCCUCAUAACAUGGCCGAUGAUGUCUCAUAUACCAUUAUUAAUGACAUUUCUGGCGAGCAAGAUGCAGUGGCGUCGGCGCUGGCGCCGGCAUCGUCAUUUGAUAGCGGCGAUGUGGGACAGUUGUGGAACGCAAACUCAUUUAUCGGCGAUAGCGCCGAAGAAGUGUAUGAUGCAUCCGGGUUCGCCGUUUUAUGGAGCACAGAUAGCAAUAACAACAGCAUUACUUUUAACACCACAGAGUUGGUUGUGGCAUCUGCGAAUGGUAUUCUUCUGCGAACGCUUGCGCCAUUACAGGAUGGCACGACGAUGACGACGGCGACGACGACGUUAAUGUCAAAUAUCAGUGAUCCGUUCGAGCCAAGUGAAGUUCACGAAAACAAUUACUGGGGCUUAUUAGCACUGUUUUUGGUCUUCGCCACAGCUGCUGGCAAUAUACUCGUCUGUCUGGCCAUCUGCCUGGAGCGACGACUACAUAAUGUGACCAAUUAUUUUCUAAUGUCGCUGGCCAUAACCGAUCUCAUGGUGGCCGUGCUGGUGAUGCCAUUGGGCAUACUGACAUUGGUGAAGGGUGAGUGAGAAUGUUAUUUGAUAUUUGUUAAUCCUACCA